AUGAUUCACCUUUCGCCACCUCAUCAUCAAAUUACCAUUAUACAAGUUAGUUCGACUUUCGUUACCGCACAGCGACAAUCGUGUCCGCUGGAUACUGCGAAAGUCAGGAAUCUGGUUCUAGUUAUCUUUGAUGUUAGAGAAUCGCAAAGACAUGCUCGUUUGGUGUUGACAGUUGCCCUAACGAAUCAAAUAUGGCAACCCUGGAGGCGGGAUCAGUUCACAUGUUUCAAUGCAGCCACCAUGGGAGUUAAAUAUUUACAAACAUUUAUGCGUACAAAAGUACCCGGAGGUUAUAAAAAAGUGGAUAUCGAGAAAGAAAUUCGAAAACAACAGGGACACCCGGUUAUAGCGAUCGACCUAAAAUCGUUCUGCGGUGUGAUCAGCGAAAGUGAUCUUCCCGGACUGCUGUGUGGAGGCCGGUACGAAGCAGUAUACCGUCAGUUGGAUCGAUUUUUCGGUAAACUAGCAGACCUCGGUGUCGAGUUAGCAUUUUUUAAUGAUGGCCCAAUACAGCAAACGAAGUUCAACACCUGGCAAAGAAAGCAAACGGAAAAGUACAAAAACAGCAUCGAGAUCAUGGAUGCCGUCGAUAGUAACGCUUUCGAUGUGAACUCGUUAGUUAAAAAGUUUCGAAACAGUAUUCCAGCCAAUACUCGGUAUUCGUUACAGAAUAUCGCGCAAAAGUAUGGCACUUACAAAUUGUCCAUCGAGAACGAAUGCGACAAAGAUCUGGCUGCCUACGCAACAUCGAUGCGAGCUAUGGCCGUCAUCACUAGUGAUACAGAUUUUCUUAUUUAUCAGGGUCCCUGGCGAGUCUGGGUUUUCGAAAGUAUGGAUAUAGCAAGAUAUACAGUUUAUGAAUACAGCAAAACUAGUUUGCUCCAAUACCUCGGAUUAAGGGUUCAACAAUUGCCUCUGCUAGCGACGCUAUCCGGCAACGACAUCAUAAACUAUGACAUAGUUAAACCAUUUCAUAUACGGUUAGGACAACCGAAGCAAAAGUUUCGCAAUGUAGCUGAAUUCAUCCGGUCACGACCGAACGCGUCUGUAGACGAGUUGACAAGACAAGUUUUUAAAUCAAAAAGCUUGGAUCUCAAAAAUCGUUUCCAGGAGAGUCUUGAUUCAUACAAAAUUGAUUCACUGGACUUCAACGCGAAUUCUAAUCAAGAUGAAACACUGGCAAUGUUGUUAUCUCAGAACCACGAAUUCGGCUAUCAGUUAUGGACAAACAAACCUUUCGAGCUAACAACCUAUUUUAUAGAUCUCCGCAGUGAGAACAGAGGCUUCAAAUUUGCUCAACUUCUGUUCCAAAUGUAUGAACGGCUCGCCGGUAUUAUACUAUGGAAUAAACCAGAUGCUCGAGAAUUCACACUAAUCGUUAAACUGAGCCACAAAGCCCCCUAUAGCAAGGAAAUGCGUCGUGUGAAACGGCCAGAGAAAAUUAAACCUCCCACGCUCGUGGAUCUGCUGUCCAAGGAUCAACUGGUGCAGAACGCCACACGGGACAUAAAGCUUAAACUGUUUGUAUGGGUUGUAACGAAAAACAUGGACUUCCAGCGUUUUCAGUCGGUACCCCAAAAGCUAUGGGUAACCGUUGCCACCUUAUACUACCUUGUCAAGAACAAAAUUCUCAAGCUCUUCGAAGCGGAUCUUUUCUUGCUCGUUUGCCACCGAGUUUCAUCCGAAUCGUAUGAUCCAGGAGAAGUUGUAUAUCCAAGCCGUUUAAAGGCUCGACCAUUCCGGAUUGCAUUUGUUUUCACUGAAGUGUACAAACAUUUCCUGGCAGCCCUUGAACGACUCGGCUUACAUCGCGAGCAUGCAGACGCGUAUCUUCGCUUCGAUGGUCCACUUUUCCACGGGCUUUACGACGACUACCGUAGUUCAAAGAAGUUUUUCGAGGAAAUCGAUCAAUGGAGACUCUACAAAUCUAUCGUUGGUGCUCGAUAAUUUGUUGUUUUAAUUGGUAAUAAGUUUUCGAUGUAAUAAAAAAACUGUUAAUUAAA